AUGGCCGACUCAGAGUAUAUCCUAUACUCCUACUUCCGGUCCUCCUGCUCCGCGCGCCUCCGUAUCGCCCUUAACCUUAAGUCCAUCCCUUACACCACGAUCCCCACCAACCUCCUCAAGAACGAACACCUCGCCCCGGCUCACCGCGCCCUCAACCCAUCCGCCAGCGUCCCCCUUCUCGUCCACUGCGCUGCCGCAAACUUCAGGGUCACUCAAUCCGUCGCGGCGCUCGAGUACCUCGAGGAGACCCACCCUUCGUCGACGCCCCUGCUUCCCAGGGACCCCAAGGCCCGCGCCGUGGUCCGCAGCCUGGUGGACAUCAUCGCCUGCGACGUCCAGCCCGUGACCAAUCUCCGUAUCAUGCGACGCGUGCGGGCGCUCGGCGGAGAUGCGGAGCAGUGGAACCGCGAGCUCAUGGCGGACGGGCUCGCAGCGUACGAGGCUGUCGCCCAGGAGUGGGCGGGGCGUUAUUCCGUUGGCGACGAGAUCUCCCUGGCUGAUGCGUGUCUGUUGCCGGCUUACUGGAACGCUGAGAGGUUCGGCGUGGAUUUGAGUGGCUAUCCUACGAUCAGGGAGAUCGUGGACGGUUUGAAGGAUCAUCCUGCAGUGAUCAAGGCGAAUUAUCACAACCAGCCCGAUACUCCCGAGGAGCUUAGGAUCAAGUAG